CGUUCUCCUUAUUGUCAAUGUCGUUUCCCUCGAACUUUCGGGGACGCCAAGCAAACUUUUCGUCUCCCUCGAUUCUGUACUUCAUUCCGAAGAAAUCGCAACAUCUCCGUGUUCUGUCACCGGAAAUGGUGGAAACAGUCUUCGCCGGAGUUCCGAUGACGGUAACUUGUAGAUCAUCGAAGAUAGUUCUUAAGCCCUACCUUAGAAUUGUUUAGUUUCUAUUCUAGAAAUCUGGAUUUCAAAAUGAAGAGGUAUAUGGGAACGCGUGGAUGGUUUUUAUUCUAUUUCUUUGGUUGCUUGUUAGUAUUAUCCGCCGGUAGAGACCCGAAGCUGAUGAAGUACGAGACAAAUAGUUCAUCUGUUUAUAACCACACCCUUGCCAUGAUCAUGGUUGAAUAUGCUUCCGCAGUUUAUAUUUCUGAUAUGACAUCAUUAUUUACAUGGACAUGUACACGAUGCCGUGGCCUCACCGAGGGGUUUGAAGUUGUGCAGCUGAUUGUAGAUGUUGAAAGUUGCCUGCAGUCAUUUGUUGGAGUAGCGAAGGAUCCACGUGCUAUUAUAAUUGCAUUCAGGGGAACACGAGGAACUAGCAUACAGAAUUGGAUAGAAGACUUGUUCUGGAAGCAGCUGGAUUUAGAUUAUCCUGGAAUGGAAGGUGCAAAGGUACAUAGCGGAUUUUAUCGUGCAUAUCACUGUACAACAAUACGCCCUGCAAUUCUAAAUGCAGUAAAAACAGCAAAGGAAGUUUAUGGGGACCUUGACACCAUUGUCACAGGGCACUCAAUGGGGGGAGCAAUUGCUGCUUUUUGUGCUCUUGAUCUUAUAGUUAAUCAUAAUGUGCCAAAUGUUCAAGUUAUGACGUUUGGCCAACCUCGUAUUGGCAACGCAGUUUUUGCCUCGUACUACAGCAAACAUUUACCGGAUACCAUUCGAGUCACACAUGAACACGAUAUCGUGCCCCAUUUGCCUCCUUACUUUUCCAUUAUCCCACGGAAAACAUAUCACCACUUCCCUAGAGAGGUAUGGCUUCAGGAUACUUCAUCUACAUCAAAUCGCCUUGCCUCCUACAUCGAGACGGUCUGUGACGAUUCGGGUGAAGAUCCAAAUUGUAGCAGAUCUGUAAUUGGAAACAGCAUUCAGGAUCAUUUAUCCUAUUAUGGGGUGGAAUUCCCAACUGAUGAUCCUGCAACAUGCUGGAUCGUAAUGGACCCGGUGAUCGCCGAAUACGGGUCGAUCGAUUCAGAAGGCAACGUCGUGUUGUUUCGGGACCUUGCUACUCCCGUUCCUCGAAUGCAAAGUUUGGAGGCAAAAUAAUUUGGUUCUGAUUAAGGUGAUUCUUCUGCAAGAUAGUUGAGGUUGGCCAGCUUUCGACAUGCUCUUGCUCCGGAGUAAAAUCUUUUGAUCUUUGUUAAAGAAUUAAAACCUUAUUAUUGCUUCAUUCUUGAUGAACCACCAUUGUAUGAUAUGUAUAUAUAUUAUAAGGUGAAUAAUGUGCUUCAUAUUUUGUUGCA